AUGCAUUUGUUAUGCCUCGGUGUAAUGCGUCGAUUCCUUCACGCGUGGGUUAAUGGUCCACGACCUUAUUGUGUGACACAAUCACAGAAGACUGAGCUCAGCUUUAGGCUCAUAUCUAGUGCCAAAUAUUUUCCAAAAGCGUUCCAACGAAAGCCUCGUGGUGUUGAAGAACUAGAAAGGUGGAAAGCCACAGAAUACAGAAAUUUUUUUAUCUACGUUGGACCUGUUGUCCUCAAGGGUAUCUUGAAGGAUGAGCUGUACGCUCACCUCCUGUAUCUCUUCGUGGCUGCAAGAAUCCUUGCUUCACCUGGAAUGUGUCGUACUCAGCACGAUUAUGCCAGACAACUGCUUGAGUACUUCUCGCAAGAGUGUGCACAUCUAUACGGUGCACAAAGUGUGGUGUACAAUGUCCACUCCAUCAUUCAUCUUGCAGGCGAGUGCAAAGUGUAUGGACAUCUCGAUAGCUUCAGUGCUUUUCCAUUUGAGUCCUACUUGGGCAAGAUUAAAAAACUUCUGCGAAGCACAAAUAACCCAUUGUCCCAACUUAGCCGCCGUGUUUCGGAGUGCAGCCAGGUUGAUCUGUUGAAGACGCCAAGAGCAGAAUGUAAUGUUGAGGUGAAUUCUACGUACAUUCUUAGUGGAGGAGCACUGGUGUAUGUGGAAGCGGUAAAUGGAAAUGAGGUGUGUUGUGCCUCCCUGCCUCAGAAGCGUGCCUUUUUUACCAAGCCCCUGCAAUCUACGACUUUGAAUGUGUUUCGAACUGACAAGGCUUGUACUCGGAACAGAUGGUGUCAUGUGACUGUUUUCAAUAAUGCAAAACAAUGCCUUAAGCUGGACUACAAGUCAGGCCACGUGAUAAUGCCACUUAUGCAUUUGUAG